ACAGGGAGGAAAAUCGGCGAUAGGCACAAAAAUCAGCCGCAGCCACCCAGCCACCGUCCCAGCUGGCCCUGACAGAAAGGCGAUCCCGCCUCCCGGCCGUGCGCCGCCACAGGCGGGGCCGCGCACGCGUGUCACAGCGGCACUAUCUGCAUGCAGAGAUUGAAGAUUAAGCUGACAGGACAACUUCUUUAGCCACCUGGCUUCGCUAUCAGACAAAAGGGACCCUGAAGAUCAACCCUGACCAUGCUGAGAUUCGGGCAGCACCUCAUCAAGCCCUCGGUGGUGUUCCUGAGGACGGAGCUGUGCUUUGCUCUGGUGAACCGCAGGCCGGUGGUGCCAGGACAUGUCCUUGUUUGUCCCCUGCGGCCGGUGGAGCGUUUCCGUGACCUGUGUCCCGAGGAAGUGGCUGAUUUGUUUUGUACAGCACAAAGGGUCGGGAACGUGGUGGAGAAACAUUUCUGUGGCACUUCGCUCACCUUUUCCAUCCAGGAUGGCCCUGAAGCUGGACAAACAGUGAAGCAUGUUCACGUCCAUGUGCUGCCAAGGAGGGCUGGAGACUUCAGCAGGAAUGAUGAUGUCUACGAGGAGGAAGUUGAAAUCCUGGGAGGCUGCAAUGUGGGGUUGGCUGGCUGUGUUCAGAGCAGGGACUGCUGCAGCGACACGACAAAGAUGAUUCCCCUGACAAGUGGAGGACAGAGGAAGAAAUGGCAGCUGAAGCAGAAAUUCUGAAGAAGUAUUUCCAGGAAAAUUAGAGGUAACAAAGUGUUUGGAACACUUCCCAAGACACCAGAAAGUCCCCAGAAAGAACAACCUCAUUCUCCAGUUCUCAGUGGCCCUGGAACUGCAGCUCAACAAUUUUAUUAUGUUCUACAAGUAUGGGAUUCUUCCAUGAAAAAUUUUAUUGGACCUUUGGAUAUCAUCAAGGUUGAAUUCCAGCUAAGACAACUAAACAGCACUGGUUCAAAAUAUUGCUCCGAAUUGUAACUCAUAUUUUUCUGAAUUGUGUACUUGGGAAUGAAUCUUUUUAAAUUGUCCCUUGGCCUAAAUAGAAAUAAAGUGCCAGGAAAAUCAAGUAGCUACUGCGUUUAGGUACGUUAUAAAGUGUUUA